UGCGGCCUCAGCGGUGACGUCACGCUGCUGCCCUUUAACCUCCGCGGUUUCUUGGGCUUCCGUCUCAAAGUUUCCAGUUCGGGGCGAGGGAAACUUUCAGAGAUUUGUUUUUUUUUAAAUUGUCGUCUUUUUAUUUUUACCCAUGCCCCCCUUUGCUUCGUUAAAAUCACGUCGGCAUUCUUGUCGUCCUUGUUAGUAACCGUAGUCGCCGCUGUUGAUUCGCAAUCGCCUGCCACGCAAGACGCGUUCCGAGUGCGUCGACCUGCCAAGUUUCACUCAUCUCGGCUGCGCUCCACGUCGCCUCGAAUCAGGCGUCGCGGUGGUUGGGACGUCCGUGGCAGCCGCGCGACGAUGCACGAUGGCGAGGGCGGCGGCGCGUGCGACUUCCUCUUCAAGGUCAUCCUCGUCGGCGACCCCGACGUGGGCAAGACGUGCGUCGUGCAGCGGUUCAAGUCCGGGAUCUUCCUCGAGAGGCAGCGCAACACCAUCGGCGUCGACUUUGCCAUGAAGACCGUCGACAUGCAGGGCAAAAGGAUCAAGCUUCAGAUCUGGGACACGGCCGGGCAGGAGCGCUUCAAGACGAUCACGCAGAGCUACUACCGCAGCGCCAACGGCGCGGUGCUGGCCUACGACAUCACCAGCCGGCCCUCCUUCCUCUCCGUGCCGCGAUGGAUCGACGACAUCAACCGCUACGCCGGGCACAACCUCGUGCAACUGCUCAUCGGCAACAAGCUGGACAUGGCCGAGGGGCGCCAGGUGUCGUGGGAGGAGGGUCAGGAGCUGGCGCGGCGGCACGGCAUGCUGGCCGCGCUCGAGACCUCGGCCAAGGAGGCGGACAACGUGGACGAGGUGUUCCUGCGCCUGGCCGCCGAGCUGUUGGCCCGCAACGGCGGCCCCUCCGUGUCGGACUCGCGGCAUGGCUCGCUCAAACUGGACUCGCGCGCCGUCGGCGCCGGCUGGGGGUGCGGAUGCUGAGGAGCAUGCGAGCGGGUGCGGGUGCGGCGCGCGAGGAGCGGUGGCGUUCAGAGCGCUGUGCUCCCAACUCGGCGAUUCUCGCUCACGGCCGACGCCGGUGACGAUUCAUCUGAACUGGUCCUGGGCCUCACCUAGGUCAAACUCGGCCCUAAAAUGUGUGCCUGGUGCGAGGCGUAAACAUCGCCACUCGGGAGACAAAGGCGGUCGGGCGUGGUGCUGGCCACCCAACGCCCUCUUGUGCUGUGCCACUGACAGCACACGCCGCAACAGUCUGUCCGAGGGUAUCCGGGUGAAUCGCUGACUUUUGUACCUUGCGUUACUUUUUGUUAGUGGAGGCGUUCCCGUACGUGGGCUGAGUUGCCGAUGGCCAGCACCCGUUUUGCAGCAGAGGCCCUUGCACCGAAUCAGCCAAGCGGCAUUAUCUUUUCAUCAGCUGCGUAAAACUGCUCUGUGGUAGCUUCCUGGCCUGUCGCUCCACACGAAACUCCGGGUCUUAUCAGCCACCGUCAUGCCCUCCACUCUCUUUGCUUGCGAGGCGUGGACCCCCCUUAGAAAAGGAACAUCUGCACCCGGUUCGAGACAUUCAGGCUGGCCUGUCUACAAUCCAUCCCGGGUGUAACCAGGCUGGAUUGUGUGAGGAGCUCGCAGAACCUUGAAAGGUCUGGACACAGUCCCCAUCAUCGGUGAGCUCUUCCAGCAGGCGAGGCUGUCUUGGCUGGGUCAUGUAGCCAGCAUGCCCAGCCGCAGCAUGCCCAAGCAGCUUCUGUUUGGUCGGAUGGAGAGGGGCUAAACCGGCACGGCAUGGGCUGGAGAAGAGGUGUGACUGAUGUGUGUGUGAGUGAGUGGAAUGGCCGAGAGAAGAGGUGGGCUGGUGUGGUACAGCAAGACACGGGACCGGGAUUUGAACUCUGGCGUGGCGUCCCCCGACGCGGCGUUGCCAAUGCCCCCGGCGUCACUCAGCAGCCGUCUCUUGUCUGCGGCGGAGUUUUUGUCUUGGGUCUGAGCCACCUUCUUGCAAGCUUGAUCUUGGGAUCAAUCCUGGACCAUGACAUGGCAGGGUCUAUUUUGUUAGUUACUCAUUCGAGGGACCUUAUUUUCUAGGGGGUGCGGGAUAAGGGGCGUGUGCGGUUUGUCUAUUUUGUUUAUUUUAUGGACCUUAAUCACUUUAUAUAUGUAUACAUAUUCCAGUUUCAGUGUGGGAGUCAGCGGCAUGUCCUGGAAACUCCCGACUUACAAAAGCAGCGCGCCGAGUCACCAGAUACCCCCCCCGGAAGCACGGCUGCUUCGCUUGGAGCCACUGUGACGCACUUACGAGCGUACGGGCCCCUUGCGUUUGUCCACUGCUGGAUGAGGUUCCUGCCCACCCCGGGCGGCCCGCGACUGAUGUUUGAACAUUCUGCGCCACUCUGGUCUGUGCGGGCUGGUAAGGGAGAGCAGUGAAGACAACGGCGUCGCUCCGUAGAGCGAUGGCGGCCGUGUCGGCACGCGGGUCGCCCAUCCGGGCCACUGCUCAGGCUAAUGCCUGCUUAGCUUCUGAGUUCUGGCUGGGUCAGGGUUCACUGCGGUUGAGCUGAUCGUGGGCGAAGGUACCCCGUGGCUGCCGUUCCCGCGAACUUCACCCAUCGAUGCCGCCACCCGUGUUGAGGACUUGGUCUCUGGCAGACUCUGACCGAUUCAUCUCAUCCCACGCUGGCAUCAACCACUGCACCGCUGGUCCCAGCAACACACUCUCGGUCACUCGCCCACUCACUCGCCCAAUCACUCACUCGCCCAAUCACUCACUCAUUCACCCACUCUCUUACCCACUCGCCCAAUAUGUAAUUCGUCCACUUUCUCACCCACUUACUCACACACUCAGUCACUCGCCCAAUUUCUCAUUCGCCCACUCACCGAUUCAUGCACUCUCUCACCCACCCACUCAACCGAUGACUAAAUUCCCCUAUUUACCCACUCGCUCACUCACUCACUCAAUGACGUAUUCACCCGUGUAUUGUGCUGGUAAUUUGACAAAAUGCGGGUUGGUAAAGGCGGAUAGCAUGAACGUGGGAGCAUAGAAGUAGAGUACAGCGGUGUAAUUUGAUAUAAUUGCCCUCUGCUACCCGGCACGUUGCUCCGUGGGCAGCUGAGGGGUCUCGGUCACAUGUUCAUUGACGCUAGGCCACCGCCCUCGUCUGUGCUAUGUCGGCCUGUCAUCUAACAUUUCCGUAGACUAACUCGUCAUCCUAAUUGAUGACAAACUCAACACGGUCGUCGAUGGCACUGCGUGUGGCCCUUAAAAUAAAUAAUAAUAUAUAGGAGGCGACGUUUAGGUCAACGGCCCUUCUGCAUUGCAUAAACACGUUUCGUCGAUUAUGAAACUUUCACCGUCACUAUAACCGGCUACCGUUCCUCCCUUACAACAACCCCAAUCUCUUCUACCUUAGCCCAUCAUCGUCCUGAUAUUACUAUACCCUGCCUCACCUCCCAGCUGGGAUCAAGCCUACCCCAAUCACUACCCCUAUCACUACCCCUAUCACUACCCCAACCCCCCAUCACUACCUCAACCCCCAUCAC